CGCGCUAUUACAAAAGAAAAAAAAAAGAUGGGGAUUGAUUGAAUUAAGAAUCUUCAUUCUCAUCUCUCUCUAAAACCUUUCCCUUUCUUCCCCCAUUUUCAAUCACCAUUUUUAAUCUUCUUCAAUACCCACCGACACAAUUACUGUGCUUCUGUAAACCCUAAUCAAAUCUCACCCUUUUAUCUCAUUUCCAAUGAAGGGAUCGGCCUCCGGCCGAUGGGUCACGAUCGGUCUUGUUUCUUCUUGGUAUGCAUCCAACAUCGGUGUUCUUCUUCUUAACAAAUACUUGUUAAGUAACUACGGUUUCAAAUACCCGAUCUUCCUUACCAUGUGUCAUAUGAUGGCCUGUUCAAUUCUCAGUUACGCCGCCAUUGUUUGGAUGAAGUUUGUCCCACUUCAAGCUAUCCGAUCGAGGGUUCAAUUUGCUAAAAUUGCUGCCCUAAGUUUGAUUUUCUGUUUUUCAGUUGUUGGUGGGAAUAUCUCCUUGAGAUAUCUUCCUGUUUCCUUUAAUCAGGCAGUUGGGGCUACUACGCCAUUCUUUACUGCGGUUUUUGCUUACUUGAUGACUGUGAAGAGAGAAGCUUGGCUCACUUAUGUCACUCUUAUUCCUGUUGUUGCUGGUGUUUUCAUAGCUAGUGGGGGUGAACCAAGUUUUCAUCUAUUUGGUUUCAUAAUGUGUCUUGGAGCUACUGCAGCUAGGGCUUUGAAAUCAGUUGUUCAAGGAAUCUUGCUUUCAUCUGAAGGGGAGAAGCUAAAUUCUAUGAACCUUCUUCUCUACAUGUCACCCAUAGCUGUAGGAUUAUUACUUCCUGCUACUUUGUUGAUGGAGGAAAAUGUUGUUGGGAUCACGGUAGCUCUUGCAAGAAACGAUGUCAAAAUUGUGUGGUAUUUGUUGUUCAAUUCUUCGUUGGCGUAUUGCGUCAACUUGACCAAUUUUCUAGUCACCAAACACACAAGCGCGUUGACACUUCAGGUGUUAGGAAACGCAAAGGGAGCUGUCGCGGUUGUUGUUUCAAUUUUACUAUUCAGGAACCCCGUUUCAGUGACCGGAAUGUCUGGUUAUGUUCUUACAGUAAUUGGAGUUAUUUUGUACAGUGAAGCAAAGAAGAGGAGCAAAUGAGAUAUAAACUGAGCCAUCCAUCUUCCUUCUUCUUGUACAGAACAAAAUGUUCUGAACAUACCCUUGUUGUUAAUUCAAACUAUUAUUUUUUCAAACGAUUAUAGUCUCAUGGAAAACCCGACAAUCGUGGUUUUCUUGUUUGUUUCAGCUGUCGUCUUCAAGGUUUCAGGUAUUGUGAAAAUGGCAGCUGCUGUUCUUUAUAAAAUCUAGACAGUUCCCUCCCCAACUCAUAUUCUGUCUUUUGCUUCAUCAAUUCAGUUUGUAGAAUUUCUAGUCAUUUUCUCCAAUUCUCCUCCCCUCCACCAUUUAUGCAGGAAAAGAAGUUUACACAUUGUAUACCCGCUGCUUGUAAUCAAUCUCUGUUGUAUCACUAAUCAGAUCUGAAUAUUGAUAAGGUUCUUCAACUUAUAUACAUCAUCCAGAUAUAUGCUAUUUGUUGUA